CCCGUGAGGCGGCGGCGGCCCCGAGCCCGCAGCGACCCCGGCCCCGGCAGGACGCCGCGCCCCGGACGGGCGGGGGCUCCGCGCCAUGCCCUGCCCCGCGUCCUGUUCUUUCACUGGGAUCUGAGCAGAUGUUGCCCUUUCUUGGCACUGAUUUCCAGCUGUGCAGGCUGAAGCACUGCUGUAUGCUCUGCAGAUCAGCUCAUGGCUGCCAAUGUGAAGUAUCAGGAGAGAAUAGUUGGAACCUUCUGGGACAAGAGAGAACUGAUUUAUUCUCUCGUUCUUUGAUUUUAGUAAGACAAGAGCCUCGAAGUACUGGGAGUAAAGACGAGGAUUUCUCCUCCUAUCCAGGGCCUGUCAUGGAUGAAGAGACUCAGCACAGCCUUGAAUGCAUCCAGGCUAAUCAGAUCUUUCCCAGGAAGCAGCUGAUCCGAGAGGAUGAGAACCUGCAGGUGCCGUUCAUUGAACUCCACGGGGAGAGCACGGAGUACGUGGGGAGAGCAGAGGAUGCCAUCAUUGCCCUGUCCAACUACAGGCUGCACAUCAAGUUCAAGGAGUCUGUUGUGAAUGUUCCACUGCAGCUCAUCGAGAGUGUGGAGUGCCGGGAUAUUUUCCAGCUCCAUUUGACCUGCAAGGACUGCAAGGUGAUAAGGUGUCAGUUCUCCACGUUUGAGCAGUGUCAGGAGUGGCUGAAACGGCUCAACAAUGCCAUCCGCCCCCCGGCCAAGAUCGAGGACCUGUUCUCCUUCGCCUACCACGCCUGGUGCAUGGAGGUCUACGCCAGUGAGAAGGAGCAGCACGGGGACCUGUGCCGGCCAGGAGAACACGUAACUUCCAGGUUUAAGAACGAAGUGGAGCGGAUGGGGUUUGAUAUGAACAAUGCCUGGAGGAUUUCCAACAUCAAUGAGAAGUACAAGCUGUGUGGCAGUUACCCCCAGGAAAUCAUCGUUCCCGCCUGGAUCACGGAUAAGGAGCUGGAGAGCGUGGCAAGCUUCCGCUCCUGGAAGCGCAUCCCUGCCGUGGUGUACAGGCACCAGAGCAAUGGGGCAGUGAUCUCCCGCUGUGGCCAGCCCGAGGUGAGCUGGUGGGGCUGGAGGAACGCCGACGACGAGCACCUCGUCCAGUCUGUGGCCAAAGCCUGUGCCUCGGACUCGAGGUCCAACAGCAACAAAUUAAUGAAUGGGAAUUGUUCCAGAGAUUUCUCCAACGGAGGGGACCUCUCUGAUGUGGAGUUUG